AUGGAAUGGAAGCAAGCCUCACCCUAUCCACACGCCCACCGCAGCGCCGUUUUCCCUCCACAACGUCCUCCGCGAUCAAAAACAAAACCAUCACCACACCCUCCUCUCCCUGAGACCAACCGAACUCUCACACACACGCCACCAAAUUCAUCAAGAAACCUCGAGAGGAUCAUGGCCGGCGUGAACACCAGUGUGGUCGGCCUCAAGCCCGCCGCGGCGGUGCCACAGUCCGCGUCGCCGGCGGCGGCAAAGCGCGUGCAGGUCGCCCCGGCCAAGGACCGGCGGUCGGCGCUUCUCGGCCUGGCGGCCGUCUUCGCCGUCACGGCCGCCACCGCCGGGUCGGCCAGGGCAAGCGUCUUCGACGAGUACCUCGAGAAGAGCAAGCUCAACAAGGAGCUGAACGACAAGAAGAGGGCGGCGACGAGCGGCGCCAACUUCGCGCGCGCCUACACCGUCCAGUUCGGCAGCUGCAAGUUCCCCUACAACUUCACCGGCUGCCAGGACCUCGCCAAGCAGAAGAAAGUCCCGUUCAUCACCGACGACCUCGAGAUCGAGUGCGAGGGGAAGGAGAAGUUCAAGUGCGGAUCCAACGUCUUCUGGAAAUGGUGA